UCAAUUGGAAAAAUUACUUAUCCUGGUCUGCUUCAGUAGAACUGUGGUUCCUUGGGCAAGGGCAUCAUGACCAUCUUGAAAAAGAUGCUGAGGCAGUUCCGGAUGAUAGAAGACCUGAGUGGGAAAAGUUAGAUUAUCAGCUCUGUGCUGUCUUAUGGCAGUCAGUUGAGGCAGAUGUUUUGGAGAUUCUCAGAUCGUUCAAAACAUGCUGCUCCUUUUGGAAAAAGGCCCGGGAAUCUUUGCCAAUGAUAUUCAGAGUUUGUUUGAUGCAACCAUGAAGGUCACAGCUCUCAAACAAACCAGCCACGAUAUGAUUGCACACAUAGGUAAAGCUCGGGCAGCAGUGGAAGAAUUGAAGAGGUUCCUUGUGGCUGAAUCGUUGGAGGAAGUGAAUAGAAAGCUAGAUAAGUUCUAUAUGGUUCUCAUCUUGAGAAGUUUACAUUCAGACUUUGAUCACGUUCGUGAUCAAGUCUUAGCUGGAGAUCAGGUUCUGUCGAUGGAUUCUCUCAUCACUAGGCUGCUUCGUGUUCCCCAUGCAUUGAAAGAAGAAAAUCCGGCUGAUGUAGUGGAGACGUCAGCCAUGGCUGCACCUCGUGGGAGAGGGGGAGGACGUAACAGUAGAGGAGGCCGUGGUGGACGUCCUCAAUGCACAUAUUGCAAGAGGAUGGGCCACACACAAGAGACUUGCUACUCCUUGCAUGGCUUCCCUGACAAAGUAGCUCAGGUAACUCAGACCGAAACCAAAAAAUCAGAGUCUAAGUUCUUUGAUAAAGAAUAUUAA